AUGCAAGGAGCAAGGCAAGGGUCCACGAGUGGCGGCAGCGGCAGCGGCAGCGGCAGAUUCAGAAGCCCGCCAACGGCCGCAGCAGCCGCGGGGUCGACAGCCGCUGGGGUCACAGCGGGACAGACCACUAGAACCACUCUACUCACAAUUCACCACGCACCUGGCUCCUCACCGCCGCCCUUUCGCCCCUAG